UUGUGCUUGAAAUGCAAGGCAAAUUGCUAUAUUCUCUGAUCCCUUGACAAAUUUAGUCCGCCUCAGGUGAAGAAGCUUAUGGGAGAUUACAUUGAUCAAACUAUUCAACCAUUGCCCUGGAUAGGUUUGUAUGCUGCUGCAGCCUCUUUGAUCUGCACGCUCUCAAUGGCUGCUGAUGCCGUCCACGCAGUCCGGUGUAAAAAGUUCUGGUUCCCAUGCAAGUUUUUUACUCUCAACGCAAUGACCUUGACAUUGUUAGGUGUAGGAACGAAGCUCACAGUUGACCUUAACACUCCGAUGGAGGGUACUAGAGAUCAGCUCUCAAAGCUUAGCAGCACAAUUUUCAUGACUUCUGUAAUGGGUAACUCUCUAACCUCCUUGGGAGCCAUGGAUGACCAAGAAAUGUUAAUGAGUCUCAUGGCCUUAGUUAUUCUAGUGGUCACAGCCAUUGUAAAUAUCUGCAUAGAAAUUCGUAUUAAUGUGGCAGAUUCCUCUUUAUGGACUGAAUACAUUUUGGCCACAACUGUCAUGUUUAUCAUGUUACUGAUAUUUGUUUCUUCCGCUUUAUCUGUUCCAAUUGUCAAGGAACAUAUCAAAGCUCAGUACCAAGAAAUGGACCAAACAGCUUUGAAUGAUGAAAAUGCCCAAAAUGGGACAUUCUCAGCUGAGAAUGUAAAAUCAGUAAUUAGAAGGUAUUGGGUGAUGGCAGCAACGGGUAACCCCCAAUUUGUGAUGGCACGUUCUGCAACCUCCACCACUUGUGGAGCAAUCUGUCUACUAUGCGCCCUUACUCUAGGUGAAGCAAUAAUUCGUAUUUCCAAUCUCUAUGGAUUACACAGUUCUUCCGAUUAUCAUUGGUCAACCAUGUGUAUUCUGGUGGUUCAGUCUGUUGGAAUUGCUGUUGGUACCAUUGCCCCUACGUUUAGAUGGUUCACUGCUGCAAAUUUGAAAUGCUUAGAAAAAAGCAGAAAAGGCAACAAAUUUGAGUUGAAAAUUGAGACAUAUUGGACGCAACAGCUGGAAUAUUGGCAGGAAAGCCGCAUACCUUUUUCAAUCCGGGGUAUUAAGGGCAGAAAACUUGUUUACAAUAUAAGAUAUAUCAUUUUAAGUCUAUGCAUAAAAGUUCAGAUUAUGAUUGUCGGGGCCGGUAAAUUCAUUCAGCUAUUAUCUGCUAGCCUCUUGAGCUUCUUCAAGCUGUUGCUAUCUCGUAUCAAGAUACUCAGGGUUGAAUCUGAAUUUGAUUCUUCUGCCUCAACUGAUCAAAGGCAUCAAGAUCCUAAAUAUGGUGAGGAACAAAAUCUUAGCCCUUACAUUCUACUACUUGAAGGGGAGAUAGAACUGCCCAGACAAACCUUGAAGAUAGUUUUCUGUGAGGUGGAUGAAUUGAUCCUCAAAGGGAAAAAACAGCAACCAAAGUAUUUACUUGAGCUUCUGGGAAAAUCUCAAGGCUUUCAUGGGGUAGCAGAUUUCGAUAAUGAACAAGUUCCAAGUUUGUGUUCUAAAGACCCUCCUAAUUGCUGGACUCUACCUGUAGUGACCCUAGCAAGCAUUGCCAUUGCACUUCCCAACAUUCAGAAUGACAAAGCUGAUCAGUUGCUAAGAAGCGUCAGUGAAGGCCUCCGCUUUGCAAACAUGAUAGUGAAGCACCAGAAUAACAGAAAGGAAUUCAUCAACAUCUGCAACGCAGCAGAUUUGGUGUGGGUUGGACUUGAACUCUAUCACAAGUGGUUGGAGGAAGAUAUUAACAGUCUUGAAGGGAAAACAUCCCCAGAAGUUCUUGAAGGCCUUGCCAAAGUAGCUGAAAGGAAUCUUAUUGAGUUCAAGGCAAGUAAACAUGGAAAGCUGCCUGAUAAUCCACUUCAAUGGCCUUUAAGGGUCAUAGCAGCUAAUUCAUUGUACAGAAUUAGCAAAACUAUGUUGCUGUACUAUCAAGGAGGCAAUGAUCUUACGGAUGAACAAUUAUUUGCAAAAAUAUCUAUCAUGAUUGCAGAUAUUUUUUUGGCUUGCCUUGCCAGUUUACCACAUAUUAUAUCUAUGAAGUGUCACUCUGAUGCAGUUGAAAAGAGGGAGAGAAGCAUCCGUCAAGCUGCUAUUCUCCUGGGAAACAAUCUUGUGAAAAAUGAAUUUGGUGCAUACGGCGAGAAAAUCUUUGGGUCAAGUUCAUCAUUUCUUCAAAGCAAUUAUGUAAGCAGACACCUCUCAAAUCCCCAAUACUAUUUGGAAGUGAAUGAUGACUACGUGAAGAAUAAAAUCAAGAUGAUUCUCUUUCCUUUUCUGCACAAGGGACACUGGAUAAGAGCAACUGAGAUGGUUGGAGGUGAAAUUUUGUACAAACCUCCAUAUUGUGAUAUUAAUGCGCCUGAUCUAUACAUCCCCAUGAUGGCAUUUGGCACUUGCGUGGUUCUUGCUGGCUUCUUUUUGGGCAUCAAUGGAAACUUUAGCCCUGAAGCUUUGGGAGUGCAUUUUACAACUGCAUUACUCUGUUGGAUAUUGUAAGUUCUACUACUCGGGGCCACAUUGCAUUCUCUAGGAGGCGGAGGAGAUAUUCCAUUGCUCGGCUUGGUUGCUUAUGGUGGAUGCAUUUUUACAGCAGCAUCUGUAAUUAUCAGUUCUAAACAACCAGGGAAUCUGAAAGAAUGUCAAAUCCUUUGUCAAAUCUUUGGAUCCAAAAGCAAAGGUAUUUCAUGGUACAUAUUUAUAUCUCAAUUCAACCGACCUUAUAAUUAAUGCAUUGUUUUAGAAGUAUUUCAUG